AGCAAAUUACACAAAAAGAGACUCUUUGAAAAUAGGAUUCCACGGCCGACAGGUCGUCAAAUUCGAAGAAAGCUUCUUUUUUUUUUCCUCUCUACGAAAUUUAUUUGAAUUUGUUAUUCUCGAUUUCUCAGAACGUAUAUUUCCUCUGAACACGCCUCUCCGUACGGCGUCUCCGGUUAAUCGGGUUUCAUCAUUCAUCGCCGAUAUCAAGCGAGUCAAAAUAGAGAGUGAUUUUAUCAUCCGAAUCCUUGAUUCACUUUCCUACAAAACAAUUUAUCUUCUUUUGAAUUGAUUGACGAGGAGAUUUUGUUUUCUGAUCUGCUAAUCUCUGAUUCCAGGCAUCUACUUCUAAAUGAGAUAUCUGUGGUCCACUAACUGAUUUGAGAGGAUCACACUGAACAUCGAGCUACCUGGCAUAUGACUUGAUCUAGUAUGAACGAAAGUUUCUCUGGAACGCCAAGAAGCAUGAUCCUCCAUAGAAAUAGGAUGAAAAGAGGAGCCCUUAGACGGAGGGCUAGGGAUAUCUCUGUUGUGCUUGUUGUGCUUGUUUGUGCAACCGUAGUCAUAUGGACAUGGGAUAGAACUCCAACCUCGGCCUUUCUUCCACCUGAAAGCCACUUUCUAAAGCUGGAAACAGAAGAAAAGGUUGAGAGAAUACCUACUGCACUGAAUACGUUUGUAACUAAAGACAGCUACUCAUCAGCUACUCCGUUUGUAAACAAAGAGGAAAGCGAAGAGAAUUUAACCGAUAAUAGAGAUACAGAAGAAGAAGGGAAACGAGUGAAAGAAGUUACUGUAGGUGAGAAAAAUCAAGGGAAGACACUAACUACUGAAGAAAAUAGACUAGAACCAGUGGAACGUGAAGUUACUGUAAGUGAGCCAAACUACCGGAGGACACCAACUAGCGAAGAAAAGAAAUUAGAACAGGUGAAACAUGAGGUUGCUAUUGGUGAGACCGAAGCUACAAAGAAAACACAUAUCAAAGAGACUAAUUCAAAUCCAGAGAGUAAAAGUCUUGCAACAGAUGAAGAGAGGACUUUACCAGCCAAGGAAGAUGAUGGUAGUACAUCAACACCUCGCAAUACGAAUCAAGCUUGCAAUUACGCGAAAGGGAAAUGGGUUGUGGACAAUCACCGUCCGUUGUAUUCGGGAUCUCAGUGCAAACAGUGGCUUGCUUCGAUGUGGGCGUGCAGGUUGAUGCAACGUACAGACUUCGCCUUUGAAAGGUUAAGAUGGCAACCUAAAGAUUGCUCUAUGGAAGACUUUGAGGGUUCCAAGUUCUUGAGAAGGAUGCGGAACAAAACCCUAGCCUUUGUUGGAGACUCAUUGGGAAGACAACAGUUUCAGUCUAUGAUGUGUAUGAUCACUGGAGGCAAAGAGAGGCUCGAUGUCCGUGACGUGGGACCAGAAUUUGGGUUCAUAACUCCCGAAGGUAGAGCUCGUCCUGGUGGAUGGGCUUACAGAUUCCCAGAAACCAACACAACGGUCCUAUACCAUUGGUCAUCUACACUCUGCGACAUAGAACCACUCAACAUCUCUGACCCCGCAACCGAACACGCUAUGCAUCUGGAUCGCCCACCAGCGUUUUUACGCAAAUACCUUCAUAAGAUCAGCGUGUUGGUAAUGAACACGGGCCACCAUUGGAACCGAGGGAAGCUCAACGGUAACAGAUGGGUGAUGCAUGUAAACGGCGUUCCCAAUACUAACAAGAAGCUAGCUGCUCUUGGGAAUGCCAAGAACUUCACAAUCCACAGCACGGUUAGUUGGGUGAGCUCGCAGCUCCCUCUCCAUCCCGGUCUUAAGGCAUUCUACAGGAGCCUCUCGCCGAGGCAUUUCGUGGGCGGUGAAUGGAACACCGGAGGGAGCUGCAAUAACACAACUCCGAUGUCUAUCGGGAAAGAAGUUUUGCAAGAGGAGUCGAGCGAUUUCAGUGCGGGUCAUGCAGUGAAAGGCACAGGGGUUAAGCUUUUGGACAUAACAGCUUUAUCUCAUAUUAGAGACGAAGGUCACAUAUCACGGUUCAGUAUCUCGGCUUCACGGGGAGUUCAGGAUUGCCUCCAUUGGUGCUUGCCCGGUGUUCCUGAUACCUGGAAUGAAAUCCUGCUCGCAAUGAUGUAAGUUUUUCAAGUUACAUCAUCAGCAGAAAAGUUCAGAGAAAGGGCUUGAGCCAAAUAGGGCCGUGCGUGCCUACUGAAGACGUAAAGGAACAUUGGCCUACGUCACUCAAUUUGUAUGUAAAAGUUAGAAAUCAAAUUUAAAAAUAUAUUAUUAUAUACUGGGGCUUGGUUCCGACCAUAUUUACGGAACUAAUUAUAAACUCUUUAACUUUGUCUU